AGUUUAAACUGCCUUACAAGAGGAAGUGAACCGAAUUAUUCGAGCAUGAUUUGUUCCACUUUGGUACUUUGGGGGAAACGACUGCGGCGGUAUUUACUCUAUUUGCUGCCUGGUUUAUGUACCAUUUGUUUGGUAAUAUCUUUAGCAACACGUCAGAAAGGCGACCUGAGUGAACCUAAACAAGUGUCCAUGCCGACAAGCAAACGAAGUGAUAUUCAGCCUUCAUCUGAAGCCAAUUCCUUGGUUCCUAGUCAACCAUUGGCUUAUCGGUAUGAUAAAGGGACCCCCAUAGAAAUGAGAGAGGAGGACAUCAUACGGUUUUUCCAAAAAGCGUCCCAAAAACAAAUUCACACCAAUGAAGAAAAGCAGAUACUGUCCCACCUCUUGGCUGUGAGUCAUCAAAUCUUUAAGGAACUGAAGAUAUCCUAUUUUCUGUUCGCCGGAACUCUACUUGGUGCUUAUCGAAAUCAGACAAUUUUGCCAUGGGACGACGACAUGGAUAUUGCCAUGGAUCAGACCAGGGUCGCAGAAUUUAAUGCAACCCUGGAGGAAAAGUACCCUGAUCUCCACUUGAAAACUCACUUUGAAAACACUUUACUCAAGUUACAUUCUCGGAACAACAUCACGUCUCAAACCGAAACAGUCAUUUUCCCAUUCAUAGACAUAUUUCUUUUUGGACAAGACGGUGGUUUUGUGACCAAUCUAAGAGGUUAUAACAUUAUUGGUGCGAAAUUGCUUCUCCUGCGUCGGAAUCAAAUUCUACCGACCAAGACCAUUCGGUUCAUGGACCAAGUGGCUGAUGUCCCGCGCAAUAUGACCUACAUGUUGGUUCAAUAUUUUGGAGACAAAAGCUUGCAUGAGUGUGCCGGUCCCUUUUAUGAUCAUCGAGUAGAUGAUACACUCAACUUGCCGCCAAUCACUACUAAUUGUUCUGUAUUGGAGAAAUCUUUCAAUUUCAUCAACAUGUCUAUGGAGAGAGACGAGAUAGUGCCAUGAAAUAUGACGUUGGUUUUUUCUUUGUUAAGUUAAGGCCGAUCUGCUUAGCUUCCUUCGUUCUGUUCCUGGCUUUUGCUAAUAUGUAGAAAUUUUUCCUGCCAAUUUCAAAAUCUUUUAAGUGAUAGGUCUUCACCAUGAACCACUGAAAUAUGGGUGGGGAUGCUAGGAUCUAGAAUUAACAUUUUGGAAGCGAGUGAACACAUUACAUUUUGCUUUAAAUGAGACGGAUAGGUCGCUAGAGUUAUAAAAUCAAAUUUCAAGCUAGACGGAACAACCUGCUCAAAAGUAAUGACCUCUCAAAGUGCAGUACACUACAAGGUAUAGUAGGAAUGAGCUCAAGCCUUCUUCUUGUUAUCAAUUGCCUACAGAGUACUUUUCAGGCUGUAGAGACCCUAUUCACUUUCCGUAGUGACAUAUAGUGAGCUUUCAGGGAUAAAACUAUUGUGUCCGAAAACAUGUCUGCGAUAUGACUUUGCCAUAGUGAAUUGAAAAUC